AUGGAACAGGCUGAAGCUCAUCUGGCGGAACAAGUUGCGGGUGCUGAGAACACUUCUACCGAGACUGGCACCGGCAACAAUGCUUCAUCUGGUGCAGACUCAGAAGCUCGCAAAGACAGUGUUCCGCAAGUCAAUCUGACCAAGGACUCACCUGCACCUACAUCCAUCACAAAUGCCGGCCUUGCAACAAGCCCCAAUCAAGGUACCAAGCGCACUCACGAAGAAGCCGCCAACAAUAUCAACGAGGAUAUCGAUGAUUACAUUGAUGACUAUUCCAUCGUUACCGACAGGUGUCAAGUCGUCCGCAACAAGAUCAACCGUUUGAUUGAGUCUGGCGAGAUGAAAGUUGGCGACUUUUGCAGUGCUAUUAAUGUGAGCAGUAAUGCUUAUUACAACUUUAUGCACAAGCAUGGUACUAUGAAGGGUGAUGAGUGUGCAGCUUACCCUGCCGCUUUUGCUUUCUUCAAGAGAAGAGAGGACAUGGGCAUCAAGGUGCCGACGAAGAAGCAGAAGCAGGCCAAGGAUGCUGAGAAGGACGGCAAGGAUGGCAAGGGUGGCGAAGAGACAGACUCAGUUCCUGUAUAUGACACCUGUGACGAUAUUCGCCGCCAAAUCACAGCAUACCUCAAGAAGCCUGGUGUCACCCAAGCACAAUUCGGUCGUGACCUUCUCGCGCAGUACAACACUGACAAGGCGCCCAAGGGUAUCAGUGCUUCCCAGAUACAGUCCUUCAGAGGCAAGAAGGGACCUGAUUCCGGCAACACUAGCUCAGUGUUCUACUCUGCUUAUGUAUUCUUCGAGAAGAUGCGCAUCAAGCAGGGCAAGCCCAAGAGCCAGAAGAGAAAAGAGAUGAAGGAAGUUUGGGGCCUUGACGGUUUCGACACCGAGAAUGCAAACAAAGGAUUGUAUUAG